UGCUUGCUUGUCAUUUUAAUUUUACCGCCAUUUAACAUGGGACAUUUUGACAUGUAAGUGGGCGGAGCUUCGUGCUUUGAAGCGUGGAUCCGUGUCAGAUGGAAUAAAGUUUACCUGUGUUGGCUUGGUUUUUAUUGUUUAUUAACAGGUUACUUUAUUGUCGAUUUGUGAGUGUUUUGACCCAAAAAAUAACAUAAAUUAAAAAUGACUGCAAAUGACUUUCAAUUAGGUCCUUCCAUAUAAACAUCGAACAAUCAAUCGUUCAUUCUUACCUUAGACGUUUACGCUAAAAAGGUGACAAACAUGCAGUUUACUCUCAAACACUUAACUUUGGUUCAGUGGCUUUCCAUGUUAUAUUUACACUGUUUAGUGUACGGUGAAAAUACAGAUGGCAAAGAAGUUGGUAAACAUGUCAGUGAAAAGGUCAGGAACGUCUCGCAAGGAAAAGUAACUCUUGCAAGGUCAGUGCACCUACGAAAGAAAACUGAAGUCAAAGACUCGAUAAAUGGCGUACGAAAAGAUGUAUUUGUAAUGCCACUGCCAAUCCACAUCCAGCACCUUAAGGACUACCCUGUUCCAGUUCCUGUUAAAGAGGAGACUGCAGAAAAUGUUUUGCACGUGCACAUUCAUGACAAAAAUCCGUGCAAAAAUGGCGGAGUACUUUCAAGCGAUUCUGCUGGAGUUUGCUGUCAAUGCGUUUGCCCAUCUCAGUACACUGGCACGACCUGUGAAGUGCAACAGCAUUGUUCCUCUGGACCUUGUAAACAUGGAGGGAAAUGCAUAGAGAUAAGCAAUGGUUACAAAUGCACGUGCCUUGCAGGGUUCACUGGGGAGAACUGUGAAGAUGAAAUGUUCUGUUCUCCUAACCCAUGUGAACAUGAUGGUAGAUGCGUGGAGACGCUGAAAGGAUACAGAUGUGUUUGUCAAGAUGGUUACACAGGAGUUAACUGUAAAGAUCCAGAUCCUUGUUUACCAAACCCUUGCCUACAUGGUGGAAACUGCGAAAAUGUUAAAGGCGUUGCACGCUGUCACUGUCAUCCGGGGUAUCAUGGAACGUACUGCCAUGAAACCUAUGUCUGUUAUGUGAAUCCUUGUCAUAACGGCGGAAGAUGCAUAGAGAACCCUUUGGCACCUUGUCGUUGUUCCAGAGGAUACAUUGGGAAAUACUGCACGGAUCACGUGUGCCAUCCUAAUCCCUGUCUCCAUGGAGGCGCCUGCAAAGUAGUUGAUCACCCAACAGGGUCAAGAAACAAUAGAUGGAAUUUCCACUGCAGCUGUUCGGAAUGGUAUCGCGGUAGAAUUUGUCAUAUUCCUCAUCCAUGUGUUCGUCAGCCUUGUAUGAAUGGUGGAACAUGCGUGGACGCCUUCAAUUCAGAUGGAGAUUACGAGAAAAGAGACAGAUUGUAUGAACUAACUCCUUUGUCACCGAAUUUGCACUUUUCUUGUCACUGUCCACCUGGUUUCACGGGAUCGAUGUGUGAAAGUAAGUAUGAAAUGUUCUGUUCUCCUAACCCAUGUGAACAUGAUGGUAGAUGCGUGGAGACGCUGAAAGGAUACAGAUGUGUUUGUCAAGAUGGUUACACAGGAGUUAACUGUAAAGAAACCUAUGUCUGUUAUGUGAAUCCUUGUCAUAACGGCGGAAGAUGCAUAGAGAACCCUUUGGCACCUUGUCGUUGUUCCAGAGGAUACAUUGGGAAAUACUGCACGGAUCACGUGUGCCAUCCUAAUCCCUGUCUCCAUGGAGGCGCCUGCAAAGUAGUUGAUCACCCAACAGGGUCAAGAAACAAUAGAUGGAAUUUCCACUGCAGCUGUUCGGAAUGGUAUCGCGGUAGAAUUUGUCAUAUUCCUCAUCCAUGUGUUCGUCAGCCUUGUAUGAAUGGUGGAACAUGCGUGGACGCCUUCAAUUCAGAUGGAGAUUACGAGAAAAGAGACAGAUUGUAUGAACUAACUCCUUUGUCACCGAAUUUGCACUUUUCUUGUCACUGUCCACCUGGUUUCACGGGAUCGAUGUGUGAAAUUGAUAUUUGUUCUCUGUGUCAUAAAAACGCUGACUGCAUUGACCACCAUUGUGUUUGCAAGCCAAACUACGUCGGCAACGGAAAGAACUGUCAACUGAAGGCUGGCCAUUGUCAUCCCAAUCCUUGUCUGAAUCAAGGUACAUGCACCGAAAGCUUGGACGGCAUUUAUGAUUGUCUUUGCGCCCCAGGAUACUGUGGACCGCAUUGUAAAGAUAUUUGUGAGCCUUGCAUACUAUGGCCAUGCUUUCACGGAGGGAAAUGUAUUCCAAAGGGGGAGAAACGAACUUGCAUAUGUGAACCUCCAUACGUCCAACCAGACUGCAAUGGUACCCUUCCUAAUUUAUGUGAUCCAAAUCCUUGCCAAAAUGGCGGAAAAUGCAAGUUUUUACAGGACAAAAAUGACUACAUUUGUGAAGACUGUUUAGGAAGGUUCACUGGAAAAGAUUGUUCAGAUUGCAACUGCCCGAAGGCCAAACCACGAUCAGAUGGAAAAUUUGCUGUAGACGCUAUUUGUGACAAAAUUGGAGAAUGCAUGUGUCCAACUAUUCCCGAUGCUGGCGAGGUCACUUUGACAGAUAGAGGCUGUGUGGUUGGUGCGGCUAAUCCAUGCGCCAGUAAGCCGUGUGUGCACGGCACGUGCAUUGUUGACUCGGGUUUUUCAUUCAGCUGUGUCGACUGUCCACCACCAUACUAUGGAAGUCGAUGUGAAUGCACAUCAUGCACCUGUGAGAAACCUUGUAAAAAUGGCGCCACUUGUGUGGACACUGCUACGCGGCAGUACACGUGUACCUGUCCCCCCGGAUAUACAGGUCCAGACUGUUCAGCCAAAGUGACGCCAGGAGUUAUUACUGGAGGAUACUGUCUGUACCAGAAGUGUGAGCAUGGAGGCACGUGCGUAGAGCAGCCUCAUGGGUACGACUGUAUCUGUACGCCUCAGUACACUGGACCACACUGCGGAGUUGACAAGUGUGCCAAUUGCCACAUCAAUGCGGAAUGUAUUUAUGGACGUUGUCGCUGUAUGAAAGGCUAUAUUGGUACUGGAUAUGUUUGCGAGAAAGCUGAUAAAGAGACAGAGUGUGGGGUUUGUCCUGUUCAUCAUCACUGCGUUCAGGGAUUUUGUGUUUGUAUUCCCGGAUAUAUUUGCCAAGAUUUGACAGGAUCUAUGGGCUAAAAAUCAUCAACUGAUGAAGCCUGGGGACAAUUUUCUAAGAUUUGAGACCAAAACUCUCUGUCUGUUGGAGUCAACGCACCUGCAUCAGUUAUAAGAUGUGGACAAAGUGAAGAGAUAGAGUCGUUGCAUUUUGCUUUCGGGAGUUUCCUUUUGUACAGUGAUAUAUUAUAUUAUUAUGUUAUAAAUUGAUGUCAUGUACAGUUUUUCAGUAGGUAGCCGAAGAAUUCAAAGUAAGCUGUAUGGUCAAAGUCUUUACCUGAAUACGAUACUGUUACAAGGAAGAAAUUCCACUUCUAAAUAUUUUUGUAUAACUGGCAAUUCUGAGUAUCAUCAUCACAUUAUCAAUUAAAGCAAUCCUAAGAAUGAUUUCCCGGCUACAACAGCACACCUAAUUUAAUUUAUGGAUAGAACAAUUGAGCUGUGCGAUUCAUGAAACGCUCCCUGGUCAGAAGUAACAAAACUAGACAAAAUUCUACAGCGAAACCUGUAUUAAGCGGACACCCUUGGCACCCUCAUUAGUGUCCGCUUAAUACAGUGUGUCCGCUCAAAACAGGUUCUAAUAUGUUGUGCAGUAAUAGUUAAUUAUUAACCCUUUUGUAAACACAAUGUAACACAGUGUGA